AUGCCUCCAGCUGAUUACUGGGAGGACGAGUGGUACAACGACCGACAACAGUUCACUGGCGGUGCUCGCCAUGUUCGUGCACCUUCGGCCCGGAGGUCUCGAGACAUCGAUGACUUUCGUCGCUCCGAGUUUCUGCUGGCACCUGAGGCCCGAACAACCACAAGCCUCCAUCGCACCCGUUCACAGGGUCACUCUCCGGCUCCCAAUGUGACCAUAUACAACACCACCCGCAUGGAUAACGAAAGUAGCCCGAACGUUCGCACUGAGCAAAAGAGCCCCGCAGUGAACCCUUAUGCCGAACCUCGUGGUCGGCCUCGCAGGAUGCCUGGAGAGUGGGGACUCGAGGACGAAAUCGCAGAGCUGCGGCUGGAUGUUCGCAAGCAGGCUCGGUCUGGCUCUCGAUCUAAGCACCACCACGAAGACCACCACGGUCAUGACUACGAUCAUUGGAAAUUGGAACAGGCGAACCAGCGCCUCAGGGAACAAGAAGAGAGGAUCGAGAUGGAAAGGCGCGAAGAGCUUAUCAAGAGGAAAAUGGAGCUCAAGUACAUGAAGGACAGGCACGAGCGUGACGAGGAGGAGGAACGCAUUAAGCGAGACGAGGAGCGCCUGAAGAGGGAAUGGGAGUUGAAGCAAGAGCGGGAGGAGCGAAAGAGAAUCGAGCGCGAGGAGGAUGCGAAGAGACAAGAGCACCGUCUCAAGAUGGAUUGGGAAUUGAAGUUGGAGCGCGAGACGAGGAAGAAAGAGGAAGAGAGGAGAGCAGAGGAAGAAGAGCGGAAAAGGCUCAUCGCGGAGAGUAUGGCGAAGGCCGAGAAACGAGCCAAAGAGCAAGACGAGGAGCGCCAGCGCAUCAUCGCUGAGAACACGUUGAAGCUUGAGAAGGCUGAGAGGGAGCGCAGAGCAGCACAGCAGAGAGCUGUCGAUGAGUACAACAAGGAGCGAGCCGAGAAAGAAGCCAAGGCGAGGGCAGAACGGGAGCGCGUGGUGGCCGAGUACGAGGCCAAGAAGGUACAUGAUGCAGUGGAAGCGAAACGGAAGCGUGAGGAGCUCGUUAUGCAGCUCAGAAUUGAAGAGGAGCAUCGGAAACAGAAGGAGAAGGAGGAGUAUGACCGCUUCUUAAUGAAGCAGAAGCAGAAGGAGGAAGAAGAGAAGGCGGCGAAACAGAAGCAUGAGAAGGAGCUCGAGGAGGCGAUGCGCCAACGCCUCGCUCACUUCGGCUUCCAGGAUAACCAGAUUCAAGCCAUGAUCAGGCCCGAGGAAGCCGCCAGACUCCAACAGGGCAUGUCGCCUGCGAAUCCGAUGCGCCUCGCCCCCCAGCCCACGUACGUCAAAGUGAGCAAGGAGCAUCUUGCUGUCGAUACGCUGGUGUACUAUGAUAUUCCAUAUGAGGUUGAUCGCGCCGACCCCAAUUACAUCAUCAUCAUGCGCGAAAUGGAGCCCCGCGAAACCGAGAUUCUGUUCGAGCAUACGCGUCGCCUUCGUUCUCGCGGAAGCUCUCGUCUUCUCAUCGAAGAGCGCCACGACAGCGGAAAGAACGACUAUGCUUGGAACUUCCAGAAGCAUUCCUCCGUCGAUCGGACCCUGCAACAGGAUCGCUUGGUCGGUCGUCAUUCGCCCUCGCAGGGCUUCAGAUCAUCUCCCGCUCCAAAUGUUGGCGCUUUAGACCAUGAGUUCGAGGCUUUCCAAGCAGGACAUGCUCUCCCGCCACAACCUCAGUUCCAACAACUCCCGCCGCAGUUCGCUCGUCCGCCUCAACCACAGUUCGCCCAAGCCCCUCAAGCGCCCGACUGGGCCUCCGACUUCCAGCGCCUGAACAUAUCGCAUGCCCCGCAAGUCCCGCAACAGCGCAUCACUUCGCCGAAUGCCGCAUCGUCAUGGCACCAGGACUUCAUGAGCCAGCAAAGCCCGGCUACGCAGUCGCCGGCCUUUCAGCAGAAUAUGGGUGGCAUGUCAGGAAUUGGCAUGUCGGGAUUCGCAAGACCUGGUUUCCAGCAGCCUGACUUUGGCAUGAUGAAUGGUGGUUCCAUGUCAGAAGUGGCGCAAGGCAAACAACGGGCGCAGGAAGCGAUACCGCAGUUCGACGAGGCAGCUUUCGAACAAGCUUUUGCAGAUGUGCAACAAGCAGAGGAGCAGGCUCUUGCGGAGAGUCUACGGCAACAGGAUUCGCAGAAAGUGGAGGCAGAAGCAGUGGAGCACACAGUAGAGGAUGAAGAUCCAGCGUUGAUACGAGUUCGGGAACAGCGACCGGCUGUCUACGCUGCCCUCAAGCUCCGAAGCGCCGUCGAUCUUGAUCAAGCAACCCAAGCCACGCCGUAUCUCACUGCUCUGGAGUCCAUGGAAACUAGCCACCAGUUGACUGAGGAUGCUAGCGAGGCGAAAUGGGUUGUUGACACAUUACAGAAAAUCGCCAACCGCGAAGCUCCUCAAGAGAUCAAGACGCGCUCAGAGCGGCUCAUAAGGAACAUCAAUGAGCGACUCAUGUCUUCGUAUCCGCUGCUGUCCACACCCGCUCCUAGCGGUCAGGAUGCCAUCUGGGAAGAGCUCGAGGCUGCGGGCUACACUAGAAGUCCCGUUUCGGAACAAGUACAACAGCCGCAACAAACCGAGGAAAAACAAGAGCAACAGCAGCCCAUGCACGAUGAAGAUGAAAUGGCACAAACAGCCGGCCGUCUCCUCGAGCGCGUCUCCGACAACACCAGCGAAAAGUUCCAAAACAGCCAAUUCCUCGAACUCAUGCGGCGCCUCCGUGACCGCGAAGUGCGUGUAGAAGGAGACAAGAUGGUCGAAGUCAGUACCGCCCAGUCUACUUCUGUUCCCUCACAGCCCGCUGCCCAAGAAUCCCAGCUCGCACCCCCAUACUCCGACGAAAGCCUAGCUGCCAGUAUCGGAGACUGGAACGAUAUCUCACAGGGUAUGGACUGGGGUUGGUCCGACCCGCCCUCACCCGUGCCGCAGACAACCAUACCGCCGAUCGACCCGAACAUCCUCGACCACGCGGCCACCGACUUUGAGACGCCUAUUUACUCAGGCGAGGGCCAGGAGUACGCCGCACCCGCUCUUUCGCGUCCGUCGACUAGUGGAAAUGUUACUGAUGAGGUGUCAGGUCAAUAUAGCUACUACAACGUCCACUCCACGUACCAUAGAUGA